CAACAGCAAAUGCUAGCACUGGUCUGUAUAUGUUGGGAAAGUGUCUGGUAAGUUCUUGAGAUUCCCACUGGUGACAUUUUUUUUUUCAGGCAUCGCGGAAAAAAAAAAAGGAUCAUCGCGCUUAACCCAAAACCUCGAUUUCCUUAAUAGGAUAGAAAAUGUCAGAAGUGUCGGACAAUCCAAGGGCAAAUGCUCAUCUCAUCUCAGCAAGUAGUUGGGUGGCAAUACAACUCGAUAUUCAUUACAUUACAAUUAUCUCUUUCUCUCAACAAUUAGCAGUUCCAGUUUUUCAGACUUUAAAUUUCAGAUCAGAACGUGAUGGUGCGUGGCACCAGCACCGGGUCUGGCUCUGAUUCCGGUCAGAACAUACCUUCUCUUGUGUAGUCAACUGAAGCUUGUGGUUGCAAUUAUACACGGGAAUUGAUAAUUGUUGAGAAAGAGAGAGGAGAAGGAGAAGAAGAGAGAAAGAAAGAAAGAAAAAGGGAAAAUAAAAGAAAAUAAAAU